AUGUCAGCAAAAGCAGCUCGUUUAUGGCAACCAGGGAAUCCACAAAGAAGGGUAUUCUUGCCCGAUUUCUGGCUGGCCCUUGUUGAGACACCGACCGUUGGCCGACAUCGAAUACCCAAGAAUUGCGCAAAGUUUGAAAUCGAUCCUCGAAUGAGUCGACACGAUGUGCGAGAGUAUUUGACAAAAAUCUACUCGCUUCCCGUGCGAGACGUGCGAAUCGAGAUGAAAAUGGGCGAUAUUGAAUGGCAGACAAAAAAGGAUACUCGCUACAAAACAGCCAUGUGGAAAGAAGAUGACAAGAAAUUCGCCUAUGUUUUCAUGUCAAAAAGUGUCGAGUUCGAUUUCCCGGAUCUCUUCCGAAAUGCCGAUGAAUUAAUGGGACAAGUCGAUAAAUAUAAGGAACAACUCGCUGACGUUGAGCAAAACGCCCGCUACGUGAAUCGAGAUCGGUCAAAUGUUGGAAAAUUCUUCGGAUUA